GCCGCGUCCGCGCCACUGGCCAGCUAUGAUGCCUUGAGACAUACCUCGCACUCCUCACGAAGCUCUGCAGUCGCUGUGAACGCAUCGCCGACCGCGGGGCCGCAGUGCAGCGACCUUUACAGCUGGCUCUGCAGUAGGGCCAGGCGCGCCGCUCCGGGCAGUCGAUGCGCAGGACUCUGCGGGCACUGCUCAUGCUGUGCGCCUGGCUGAAACCGGCGCGGGCGCUGCAGCGCAUCCAGAGGGCUGCGCUGCGCCGGAAAUCAGCCUUGCCGGCGGCGCAGGACGAGCAAGCGCUGCGCGAGACAAGGUGGUCGGCGACGUCCGUGCUGCGCUUCUCGCGCUCGCCCUUCGCGGCCUGGCUCGACGCCGCACUAACAACGGCGAGCGGUGCCGACCGCGAACGAUUGGAAGCACGAAGAGACCCGCCGGACGGCUUCUCCCUACUAUUAGCGCGGAAGGGCGACGCCUGGGAGCGGCAGGUUUCGAAAGAAUUGUUCCGAGACAAAAGUGUAGUCGAUUUGAGUGGUGGAACACUCCGCGCGACCGGCACGGCAGAGACCCUCGAAGCGCUACAUACAAAUGCAGACAUCAUCUACCAGGCUCCAUUAUCAACAGAUAGAUUCGUGGGCGCGCCGGACUUCCUCGUUCGUGAGGGGAGUCAGUGGUCGAUAUUCGACGCAAAGCUCUCGCGGUCCGCGACGCCGGCGCACGUCGCCCAGCUCUGCUGCUACGCUGAAUUAUUAGAAGAGUUGGACGUUGAUGUCUCACCUUUUGCUACUCUGGUGUUAGGUGGCGGCGCGCCGUUGGAACAUACUCGUAGGAUACAUCUACCGACCUAUGCCGCUCAUUGGCGCCGCUUGCGAGGCCGCUUUUUGAGCUUCGCGGACCGUUUUGAUGAUUGUCCUGAGCCUUGGGUCGUUCAGAACGCGCCUCUACCGCGCGGCGACGCGCCCAAAGACGCGCAUGGCCGGUGGGCCUCCUUAGCGUCUCAGCUGUUAGUGGAGCGCGACGACUUGUUUACGGCGUGUGCCGGGUUAACGUCGAGGCAAGCGCGAGCUCUGAAGCGGGAGGGCGUGGCCACGGGCCAGCAAUUGGCCGAGUUGAAGCCCUCGAGACGCAUACCGGGUGUCAGGGGAGACGCGCUACGUCGAUUGCGGGCCCAGGCGUUACUCCAGCGAUCAAAUGAUAAUGGAGUGGCCUGGUGGCCCCUCUCGCCGAAAGGGUUGCGAGCUGAUGACGUCCGGCGCAUUCUGCUGAACGAGCACAAACCGCGACGCGUCUGCCCGUUACCCGAAGAACAUCCCCUAGACUGCUACUUCGACCUGGAAGGCGACCCGUUGCUAGGCGGUCCGAGAGGUAGGGAGUACCUGUGGGGCAUCGCUCACAGAGAGAACGGGACGCUGGCGUUUGACGCGGCGUGGGCUCAUGACGCUAUCGCUGAACGAGAAGCGUGUCGGUGCUUCGUCGAGUCGAUAGAGCAGCGCUUCGAGGCGAGCGAGGGGCGAGCCCACGCCUACCACUACGGUGCUUAUGAACGAAGCGCUUUGAGACGCGUCGCCGCUGGCGACGCUGAGCUUGAACGAAAGCUCGAAUCGCUGGGCGCGAGGGGCGCCUUCGUCGACUUGUACUCGGUAGUGAAGCGCACGUUGCUUGUGGGAGAGCCGCGCUACUCGCUCAAGAACGUCGAGAAGCUCUACCGAGGGAAACGGAACAACUCGGAAGUUAAUGAUGCGGUCGGGUCUGUGGUAGGCUACGAGCUGUGGCUAGCUGACAAGAAUCCGGCGUUAUUGGACGAGCUAGUGGCCUACAACCGCGACGACUGCGAGUCGACGGCCGAGUUAGUCGAUUGGAUCAGAGAAGCAUUUCCCAUCGCUCGUUCAGAGGAGGAGGUCGAGGAGGCUCUACCUCAAUCAGAGGAGGAUAAGGAAAAGGACCUGCUCGAGGAGGACAUACUACGAUCCCAGUUACCAGUUGUGGCGUCUUCCUGGGUCGAUUAUCAUAGGCGGGAACAAAGGCCGGUGUGGAGACAAAGACGGGACUGGCUCGACGCCCCUGCUUGGGACCUGAGUGAGGAUGAAAGAUGCUUAGGUGGGUGCUCGAAACCGACACUCGUGCAGGAGCCGGUGAAGCGGGGCACGCGGUCCGUCUUCGAACUGUCGUUUAGUACACCGCAAAUCACGAAGCUGCAGGGCGGCGACGCCGUGGCUCUGAGAGAUGACAAGGCGUUCACGUCGAGUAGGGCGUCAAUUGUCGACGUCGAUUUGGUGAGAGGCAAAGUACAAGUACUAUGCAACGAGGUACCUAACACGUGUUCUAUCAUUCCCGACGACUACGUCAAUCCCGCGCCGCUACCGGCGGCGAUUUCCAGGAAUCUUCGCGGAUUAUUGGAGUCGUCUUCUACGAGUGUGUUGCGGUCGUUUGUGUCUCGUGAAAGACCUACUUUUGUCGACGUGAAGACUGAAGGUGAUCUGUUAAAACCAUUCGACGGCUCGGCGGUCGAGGCCAUCCGAUCAUUACAAAAAGGUUCGGUGCUGGCCGUGCAGGGCCCGCCGGGCACCGGAAAAACACGGUUAGCGGCAGAAGCGCUAGCUGCUCUCAUGAGGGACGGCAAGCGCGUCGCCGUGGCCGCGCCGGGCCACGCGACCAUCGCCCACUGCCUCUCAAAAGCGUUGGAUAAGAUCGACUGUGACGUAAUGUGCGUCAAGGUCGGUUCGAGACGACGAGCCUCGAGUGACGAUCCGGAAACCGCACUGGCCCAGCGUUCGAACGUGAUCACCAAACCGCGCUGGGACGCGAAGCUCGCCAAGGAACUUUCAGAUACGGACUUGCCCGUGUUGCUGGGCGCGACGGCCUGGGCCCUCGCAAGGGACGACGCCGUCGGUGCGUUCGAUUACUUGUUUGUCGACGAGGCGGGCCAGGUGCCCGCCGCGAACCUCGCGGCGAUGGCGUCGUGUGCUUCUAGAAUUGUACUCCUGGGAGACCAGGCGCAAUUGCCCGCACCCUGUCGGGGCGCGCACGACGAGGGAGGCGCUUCAUCGUGCCUCGAGCACUAUGUCGGCGGCGAGGAGUUGUCCGAGGAUCGAGGUGUGUUUCUGGGCGUGACGUAUCGGUUGCACCCCUUACUCUGUGGCGCUAUUUCCGAGCUCAUGUAUAACGGCAAACUAAAGGCGCACCCCCUCGCUGAACAAAGGGUGCUGUCCGAGGGCACGGGUCUAUUGCGAGCUUGUGCUGGAUUGGCUAUCGUCGACGUGGCUGAUGAUGGUUCUUAUAGAUCGUCGACGUCCAACCAAAAAGAGGCGGCCGUCGUGGCCUCUGUGGUCGCUGAAUUGCUCCAGCGACAUUUGGAAGACGGAUCUUCGUCGCGUCCCCUGUCUACCGAUGAUAUUCUCGUCGUAUGUCCCUACAACGCGCACGUCCGGGCCGUCGAAGCGGCUUUGGUACAGAGAGGGAUCCGUCGCGUCCGCGUGGGCACCGUGGACCGGUUUCAAGGGAGGGAGGCGCCCGUGGUUGUGGCUUCUCUAUGUGCGCCGCCGUCCCAGCAAGAUGACGAUGAAGAUAGCGUCGCGUCGGGCGGUCGGGGCGUGGCCUUCGUGCUGGACGUGCGACGGCUCAAUGUGGCGCUGUCCCGAGCUCAAUGUUUGGCCGUUCUUGUGGCGGCGCCGGAUUUGGCGGACGGGGCCGCGUCGUCGUUGGAUCGGAUGAGGGAGCUUGCCGUGCUUUCGAGAUUGAGGGAGUUGGCGGUCGAUACCGUGGUCGCGGACGAGUCGGUGGCUGGGGAGCCUUGAUAAGUUUUUAUUUGUGGA